GAUAAAAAUCAUGUUUGGGAAAGAAGCCAUAAAACUAAUUCACGAAUUAGAUCAAUGCGAAGAAAUAAAGCCAUUUAACGAAGCAAUAUUUCAGCAAGUUUUGGAGGAAAUCAAUUCUCUCUAUGAGCAAAAUUCUAAAGAUGUGAGUACGAUUACUGAAACAAAUACAGCACCUAGGAAUUCGGUAAUCGUUAGACACUUUGCCAUGAAUAGAAAUAAGCGCUGUUUGUUGACAUAUCUUUAUCAUAGAUUAAGAAGAUUGAGGCAAAUAAGAUGGGAAUUGGGUAGUAUUUUACCAUCUGAAAUAACAGCUAAUUUAGUAAGCGCCGAAUCCCAUUGGUUCCAAGCAUACAGUAAAUCCCUCGCUACGUAUAUGAGAUCGAUUGGAGAGGACGGACUAAAUAUUAUGAAUGAUGUACAUCCACCAAAAUCCUUAUAUAUUGAAGUACGAUGCGUACAAGAUUAUGGCAAAUUUGAGUUUGACGAUGGUCAGAUUGUUAAUCUAAAAGAGAAUACCUAUCAUUUAUUACCGAGAUCACAAUGCGAAGCACUGAUUCGACAAGGAGUUCUCGAGCAUGUUUCUUCAUAAAGGAACAUAAUCAUUAUUAUAUAUAAAGUGCUUUAUACAAUUAUUCAA